UUCUGUCUUUGCACGCUCUCUGCUCCUAACCUCUGCAACUUCAUUCUCUCUCUCUCUCUCUCCACUGUCCUUUCACCUUCAUCCUAUUUUCACUGUCCUCUUUUUCUCUCUCCAGCUCCAUUUCCAUCUCGUUCUCCAAGCUGUUUGGCCAUGACCGGAGACAAAACCGGCGGCGGAAAGGAGAAGCUCGUGGUGGAGGUGGUGGGGGCCCACAACCUCAUGCCCAAAGACGGCGAGGGCUCGUCGUCGUCGUUCGUCGAGGUCGAGUUCGAGAACCAGCGGUUACGAACACAGGUCAAGCCCAAGGAUCUCAACCCCAUCUGGAACGAGAAGCUCGUCUUCCAUGUCGCAGACGUCAACGACCUCCCCUACAGAACCCUCGAGGUCAACGUCUUCAACGAGAAACGCUCCUCCAGUAGCAGAAAUUUUCUCGGGAAAGUUCGGGUUUCUGGCUCCAGCGUCGCCAAAGAAGGAGAAGCCUUGGUUCAGCUCUACACGCUCGAGAAAAGGAGCCUCUUUUCGCACGUGAGAGGAGAGAUCAGUCUCAAGAUGUACGUCUCCACGUCGGAGGACGUCGGCGAGGUACCGCGUCGUGUGAACGGUUCUGGUUCAAAGAAGAGCAAGAAGGUUCAGAACUCAAGUGCUUCUCAGCAGAAACAGACACCGCAGAUAGCUGUUCAUGACAGCAAGAAAAACGGCGGAGCUCAAAAUCACGGCCCAGGACAUGCAAAGCUACCGAUGGUGCCGAACCCCGGCGAGAUCAAGCCAGUCGUCGUUACCACCGUCCCAGCCGGGCCGGCAGUACCGCCGCCAGGACCCGUCUGCGGCGGCGGAGCAUUGUCCCUGUUUUCAAACACGACCAGUGAGUUCUCACUUAAAGAGACAAAGCCACGCCUCGGCGGAGGCGGCGGUUUGAGCGCCAAGGACAAGACAAGCUCGACGUACGAUCUCGUGGAGCAAAUGCAGUAUCUUUACAUUAGAGUUGUGAAGGCCAAGGAUGUCGCUGUUUCCGGAGAAGUCGUGUCGGAAGUCAAACUGGGAAACUACAGGGGAGUGACCAAAAGGGUAAGUUCGAACAGUGUCGAGUGGAACCAAGUCUUCGCGUUUUCGAAAGAUUGCAUACAGUCAUCAGUCGUGGAGGUCUUCGUCAAAGAGGGUAACAGAGACGAGUUCAUGGGUCGUGUCUGGUUCGACCUGAGCGAGGUUCCGACACGUGUUCCGCCGGACAGUCCGUUGGCUCCGCAGUGGUACAGGUUGGAGGACAAGAACGGGGACAAGUCUCGCGGCGGAGAACUGAUGUUAUCAGUUUGGUUCGGAACUCAAGCCGACGAGUCUUUUACCGAAGCUUGGCACUCCAAGGCCGCGAACGUUCACUUCGACGGCCUCUCAUCCAUCAAAUCAAAGGUCUACUUGUCGCCGAAGCUAUGGUACUUGAGAGUUUCUGUAAUUGAAGCUCAAGACGUUGUUAUUGUUGACAAAUCCUCUGGAAACAUGAAGCUUCCAGAUCUUUCUGCCAAACUUCAAGUGGGAAAUCAGAUUCUUAGGACAGCGAUAGCGUCCGCCAGUCCAAACAGAAGCUUCUCGAACCCAUACUGGAACGAGGACUUGAUGUUUGUCGUUGCCGAGCCGUUUGAAGAUUACUUGGCUGUAACAGUGGAGGACCGGUUAGGUGCCAUGGGACAAACCGAUGCCAUUGGGAGGGUUAUGAUCCCUGUCGCUGCGGUUGAGCGUAGAACCGAUGAUAAACCGGUGGUUUCGAGAUGGUUUAGCCUUGAUAACCAUAACAAUAACCGGUUCGGAUCAAGGAUCCAUCUCCGUAUCUCGCUUGAUGGAGGGUACCACGUGCUAGACGAGGCGACAGUGUACAGCAGUGAUGUCAGACCGACGGUGAAACAGCUGUGGAAGCCUCAUGUUGGAGUUCUUGAGAUUGGAAUUCUCGGAGCCACAGGAUUGAUGCCGAUGAAGGUCAGAGGUGGGACAGGCGGGACGGCUGAUGCCUACUGUGUUGCGAAAUACGGGCAGAAGUGGGUGAGAACUCGGACUGUGGUCGACAGUUUGUGUCCGAGGUGGAACGAACAGUACACUUGGGAGGUGUCCGAUCCUUGCACGGUCGUGACCGUUGGUGUUUUCGACAAUUCCCGAGUCGACCGAACAAGUAAUUCCCGUGAUUCACGAAUCGGGAAAGUCAGAAUACGUCUGUCCACUCUCGAGACGGAUCGUGUGUACACGCACUCGUAUCCACUGAUCGUGUUGCACAACAAUGGCGUAAAGAAGACAGGCGAGAUUCACUUAGCGGUAAGAUUCUCGAGCGCGAACGCAGUGAACAUGUUUCAGAUGUAUUCCUUACCGUUGCUUCCAAAGAUUCAUUACAUUCAGCCGUUAGGAGUUCACCGUCAGAGAUAUUUAGCUAUCCUGGAUUGCAGACGUUGGGCGGCACGGUUGAGCCGGGCCGAACCACCGCUAGGCCGGGAAGUGGUUGAGUACAUGGUCGACCACGACUUGCACGUUUGGAGCAUGAGACGUAGCAAAGCUAACUUCUUCCGUGUCGUGAACGUUAUCUCUGGUCUGGUCGCGAUCGCGAAGUGGCUGGAAGCCAUCAGAAGCUGGAGAAGACCGGUGUGUUCGGCCUUGUCCGUGGUCGUGUUCUUGUUCCUUGUCUUGUUCCCUGAGCUCAUUCUCCCAUGCUUGCUCCUCUGCGUGGCUGCUAUUGGCCUUCUGCGUUUCCGGCAGCGUCCGAGGCACCCGCCGCACAUGGACGCGCGUGUCUCCCACGCGGACACGGUGUUCCCCGACGAGCUCGACGAGGAGUUCGACACUUUUCCGACAAGCCGAGGCUUCGAGGUGGUGAGGAUGAGGUACGACAGGCUCAGGAGCAUCGCCGGGAGGAUCCAGACGGUGGUCGGUGACGUGGCGACACAGGGGGAGAGGUUGCAAGCGAUGCUGAGCUGGCGAGAUCCUCGUGCGAGUUUUAUAUUUGUUGUGUUCUGUCUCUCCGCCUCCGUCGUGUUCUAUUUCGUGCCGAUGAAGGUCACGGUGGCGGUCGCCGGCAUGUAUUGGCUGAGACCGCCCCGGUUCCGGCGGAAGCUUCCGUCGCUGGUGCUGAGUUUCUUCAGGAGGUUGCCGUCGAGAGCCGAUAGCUUGCUGUAGAAGAAAACGUUGUUGAAUCUGUUGGCUUUCACAUGAGGGUAUUAUUGUCUUUUCCUAAGUUUGUAUGGUUGGUAUAACAAGGCCUGCGUAGACCUCUUCUGUAUUGGUUAGGGAUAGUUUCGUAAUUGGAUUACUAAUUAUAUAUUCCGCAUUU